GUCGCUCGCUUGCAGUACGUGCGUCUUGAACGAGAGGCUUAGUAGCUUUACUAUAUGUUUUUAAAAAAGAGAUUUCCGCUUCCUGCUGUUGUUUUAAACGUUCAAUUGACCAGAAGCUGAUCACAAGCCGGCAGCUGAACUGACUGGCCUCAGCAGCAAGUUUAAGUGAAGUCUCCUAUGAAUCCACCGCUGAGCGGAGGCGGGAACAUUAGGAGGCGCGUGCCAUGAAAGUGUCCAUAUCUGACCAGACUUCACGCUUGAGCGCGUGUCUAAACUGACCGAGACCGACAGCACAGCACCCGAGACUAGAGCAUGUCGGAGCGAGGAGGGCUUCAGCAGCGAGCGGGAGCUCCGUCUCCCCACUUGCAGCCUCUCAGGACGGUCACGGUUUCUUCGAGUCGCCCGGUUCAGAUGAACCUGUUCGCGACAUGGGAGAUUGACAGCUCCUCUCCCAGCUGUGUGCCCAGACUUCUCAGUCUAACUCUUAAAAAAUUAGCAAUUUUGAAGGAGCUGGACCGAGAUCUCACAUCGGUGGUCAUCGCAGUUAAACUUCAGGGCUCAAAACGCAUUUUGCGGUCAAAUGAAAUCAUGCUGUCUUCUGCUGGCCUUACCGAGACUGAUCUUCAGCUGACCUUCUCUCUUCAGUACCCACACUUUUUGAAGAGAGAUGCCAACAAGCUUCAGAUUAUGCUCCAGAGACGCAAGAGGUACAAGAAUCGCACUAUAUUGGGCUACAAGACCCUCGCGCUAGGGAUGAUAAAUAUGGCUGAGGUGAUGCAGCACCCUACAGAAGGUGCUCAGGUGUUGAGCUUGCACACGACCGUGAAGGACACAUCAGUGCCUGUUGCAGAGAUCAGGGUCUAUUCUCUCUCCAGUCAACCCAUCGACCCAGUGGGACCAAAGGCCAAGCUAUCCGAUCGUUCACCAGACAUCGAUAAUUAUUCUGAGGAGGAAGAAGAAAGCUAUUCGUCAGAGCAGGAUUGCAGUGAUGACCCUCUGCAGGGGCAGUACCUCUAUGAUGACGAGGAUGAACUGAGGAAAAAGAAACCUCGCCGUAAACUCCCCUCCACAGCCUCCAUCACCAGAGCUAACGUAGGUGACCAACCUAACAUCAAAAAGAAGCUUAUGGCAUUGGUGAAAUGGUUUAAAGUGUCGGAUGAGGUGGGGUUUGGUUUGGAUCAUGUGUCCCAAGAGCAGAUCCGGGAUGUGGAAGAGGACCUGGAUGAGCUCUAUGACAGUCUUGAGAUGUACAACCCCAGUGACAGCGGCCCAGACAUGGACGAAACGGACAGUAUUAUCAGCAACCCCAAACCCAAACUCCGGCCGUUUUUUGAAGGCAUGUCACAGUCCAGCUCUCUGACAGAGUUUGGGAGCUUGAAUAGCAGGUGCAGCCACGGAAAAGACAAACGGAGUCCUAGGGUUGAGCAGACUGUAUCUAGUAAAAUCCAGCGUUCACCCAGUGCACACGUGGACGAAGCUUUCUCAGAGAUGGACACAUUGGAACUCAAUGAAGUGGAGGUGAUCGCCGACGGGACCCCUAGCAUCAUAUUAUCAGUGGCAGAGACGCCCCGGACCCCUCAGAGGAGCAACAGCACUAACAUGCCGUCUCCCAGACUGGAUGGCAGUUAUACCCCCAAACAGAGGCGAGGGACCCUUAUGAAAGAGAGACAGCUGUCCAAACCACUCAGUGAACGCACCAACAGCUCAGACAGUGAGAGAUCACCCGAGCUCAGCCUCACCCCUCAGAUGCCGAGGAAGAUCGUGUAUGACCAGCUCAACCAGAUCCUGCUGUCUGACAGCACACUUCCUGACUGCCUUAUCCUCGUCAAUGCCAGCGAUUGGCAAGGACACUAUGUGGCCGAGCUGCUGCAAGCCCAGAAGCUGCCGGUGGUCUGCACCUGCUCCGGAUCAGAAAUCCAGGCCGUCCUUUCCGCCUUGCUCACACGCAUACAGAAAUUCUGCAACUGUAACUCAGUCAUGCCCAAACCAGUGAAGGUGGUGGCGUUUGGAGGUCAGAGCUACUUAGGAGCCGUCUUGAGAUUCUAUGUUUCUCAGCUUGCCAACAAGAUGUCUGACUGGCUCAGUCAUAUGAAGUUCCUUGUGGUGCCUACAGGCUCUCACCCUGUGGCCAAACACCUGGGUUCUCUGGACAAUCGCUACAGUUCUUCCUUCCUGGACGGCUCAUGGCGAGAGUUUUUCAGCCACCCAGAGCCGCCUCAGCCUGCUUCCUCUGCUGAAUUUGUGGAUGUAGCUGGGCGAAUUCUACAAUACAUCAACGGAGCUACGGUUACUCAUCAGUUUCCCAUCGCUGAGGCCAUGCUGACCUGCAAACACAAGACGCAAGAUGAUGAUUCCUACCAAAAUUUUGUUCCAUUUGUGGGCUUGGUUAAGGUGGGAUUGGUAGAACCCAGCCAAGGAUCCUCAGGAGGAGAUUGUGAGGAGGGUUUGGCUUUGAGUUUGGCAGUUCCAUCGACUUCUCCACCUGCUCAUGGAUCUCUCACUGGGAUGAUGAAAGAAUCUGCAACGCCUCCUCCAUCACCAUCGCUAAGCGGACUGGCUGCUCUAGGGAGCCCCAGCAUGUCUCAUGGUAUGGAUGCCAUUGGGCUUCAGGUGGAUUACUGGGUGUCUUCAGGGGCUGAGAAGCGCAAAGAUGGAGAGCGGAGAGACAUGGGUAAUAAGAACACUUUGAAGUGUGCGUUCAGAUCCUUGCAGGUUAGCAGACUGCCCGGCUCAUUUGAGCUCCAGACUGGCUCUAACACCAUGUCCAUGACUGUGGUGACCAAGGAGAAAAACAAGAAAGUCCCGAACCUCUUCCUUGGGAAGAAGCCUAGAGAGAGAGACGCCGAGUCAAAGAGUCAGGUCAUUGAAGGCAUCACCAGACUCAUAUGCUCUGCCAAGAAUCAACAAACCAGUCUAAGAGUGUCUGUAGAUGGAAUGGAGUGGAACGAUGUGAAGUUCUUCCAGCUGGCAUCUCAGUGGCCCACUCAUGUGAAGUACUUCCCUGUGGGGCUGUUUGGCUACAACAAACCAUCCUCCUAGUGCCCUCUGGAGGAAAAAAAACAUGGUAAAGUUUCCCGACCCUGCUUGCUACGGCCUUCAGACUGAAUAGAUGGCCAGAUGUUAUUCUUGAGAUGGUCAUGCUUACAAUACGUCAAAGAUACUUGAGCCAAAGUGGGAGAUGUUGAAUUUCUCAUCUGUGAUUGGUGGGAUUAUGUGAUCUUGUUUUGGCCUUUAGAGUGCCAGAGCAGACCAAGACUUGAGGAUAGAUCAUGAGUGGGUUGACAAUAUUAUGAACCUUUUCUACAAGUGUUUUGUCUGCUGUGCGAUUCAUUUUGCAAUAAUAUCCCAAUACUGUAUUGAGUUUGUAUUCAAAUGUUAACUUGAUAUAAGUGAUGUAACGCCCUCAGAAUGUUUAUUUUUUUGCUGUACAACUUUAAAGUUAUAAGUAUUACUUCACCCGACUGAAUCGGACAUCCAAAGAUUCU